UAUAAAGAUAAGAAAGAAACAUAAAAUGGAAACUAUUUAAAACUAAACACGUCCGGCUAUCUUCUGUCAGUUGUAAUUAGUAUUCAAUAUAUCUAAACAUGCUAAAAUAAAAAAAAAUAUAUAAAAUUUCUGUACAGUUAUUAAAGAUGAAGUGAAUCACAAUGAACUGCAUCAAAGCCCUACAAAGCGGUAUAUUUUCGUUUCGGUCACUUCCAAUAGUAAAUUUACCCUCAAAGCGGUUCAGGAGAAAAUUUCCCUGCGAUGUGUGCUGUCAUACCCCUUAUAAGAAACCGUGUUUUGACAUAAACAGCGUUACUAUUGAACGAGCAACUGAUAACCAUGGCAGACUAAUAAAAUCAUUUCUCUAUAAUCACUAUUGGCCGAGAGAACCCAGUGUCGUUGGACUCUGGAUGAGUCUUGACUGUCCCUACCUUGAAAUAAUCACGGAUAGAUAUUCUUUUUCUGGCGACAGGUUCCUGGCCUUUGAGUUAAUAAAGCGCACGAACGAAAGAAAUUUGGCGGGUGUCUGCGUUGCUAACAUGACAUUCCCAUGGAUGAUCGGCGAGCUCGAAGAUUGGGCACACUUCACAGCAUCCCAACCUGAACGAAACAGAAUGUACUUCAUUGCCCAUUGCUUGAAGAGUCCUAAUUUAUUUGCGAAAUACAACGUGGACUAUUUGUAUGAUGUUGAAAUUCUUGGAACAUCAGACGAGGUAGCAGGUCAAGGUGUUGGUCGGCUUCUUCUGCAGACAGUCCUGAAACACGCAAACGAUCUCCGACACGCAGUGGUUCAAGUGAUUGCUGUUAAUCAAUAUACUGCUAGGAUCUGUGAAAAGUGUGGGAUGAAACGAGAAUGGUCGAUGGAUUACUCGGAGUUCGUAGACGACGCCGGUCAAAGAGUGUUCUUUCCACGGCGGCCGCAUCAUACGGUUGCUGUUUAUGUGAAACAUUUUGAACCUUCACUGGGUGGUCGCUUACCGUGCAAACCCCCAUACUUGAAGUAGACGAUGGCUCAAACGAUAUAUGAGUUCCUAAGGGAGAAGUAUUACGUGGUGGUAGACUUCAUUAUGGAUAUGAUUGACACGAUUGUGAACUUCAUUACGGGUAGAUCUGACAAUGCAUUAGACCGCUCAGCGAGACGAGCGCGCAGAGCUAUCGAGCGGCUUUAAAAUUUUAAGUUUGCUUUACUAUAUUUUCGAUAUACCCUUAUAAUUAAUAACAAUAUAUUAUAUAAUAAUUUUUUAAACUUAUUUUCUAAAGCAAUUUUUUUAUAAUUAGAAGAUGAAAAUAAAGUCUUAUUU